AGGAAGGAAAGGUGGGUAACAUCGUCAACAGCGGCUCAGCUGGGCUUCAGAAGCUCAUCGCUAGAGGCAUCAGCAAAAUGGCAGCCGGACCAGUCGACAUGGAGCUGAAAAAGGCGUUUCAAGAUCUUCAAAUGAAAAUGAUUGACACAACGAAGCGUCUGCGGCAGGCUGACGUGCGGAUCGAGAGCCUCAAGAGAGCAGUCAAGUACGCCUAUUGUACGGGCGAAUUGGUCUCCGAGGAUCCCGACGCGAAAAUGUAUCGGUCUUGCGGAAGAAUGUUUCUUGGUACUGAUUUUUCGGAAGUGAUGAAGCAUUUGGAUGAUAAGAUAAAUGAUUGGAAUGAGAGGAUAAAGGGCAUCGAGAACCACAAGGCCUACUUGCAAAAGAACCUCAAGGAAUCAGAAAACAACCUUAGGGAAAUGAUUGUCCAAAAGCAAAGCAUGCAUUGACAUGCAAAGUUUAGGUACUUAACAUGUGACUAAUUAUUUAUGCAAAUGUUAUGAAAAUGUUUACCACAUCAAGGAUUAUUGUAAACCUUUUGCACCAGAAGUGAUGCUGUAAAAUAUGUGCACUAGUACCAGGAAUCUUCAUUUCCAUGAUUUUCCUGUUGGGAAGUUGUUGUUAGCUUAUGUGGGAAAUACUUUUGAACUUUUUGCUGCAGUUACAUUGUUUUGUGCAAACAACCAGGAAGUCAUUUUGUACACAGUGAAUUUGCCUUCAUUUUCCAAAUAAAAAAAUUGAAACUGAAAAACCUAAA